AUGGACGCAAUGUUACAACUCAUGCAAAAUACGAAAGAAGACGAAAAAUUUGCCAUUGAACAGGAUUCAUACGCUCUACUUGCUUUAUUGUUUUUUAAAAAAAAUGAUUUGAGAGUAAAACAGUUUUCCAUUUUAAAGGAUUUCCUCCUUGAGGAACACUUUAAAACUUUCUGGAGUGAAAACUCAAAGUUAUUCGAAGGAAUUAUAAUGAAUCAAGAAAUGUUUCUAAUACCUUGCUUCAAAAAGCAGUUGAACAAUACGAAGUGGGAUGGCAAUAAGCUCAUGUAUUGUCUUGAAGAAAUUAAAACAAACAAAAGCAAAAACGCUGACCAGCAUUCAGAAAACUCUUCAAAUGACAUCAAUGUACUCAAUUUUAACGAUAAUAAAAUUGAAAAAGUUAUCAUCUACCAAAUCUUGACGACCAGCAUGAUAAGAUUCAUAAUGCGCAGAUAUGGGAAGCUACCAUAUAUAGACUACAUUCAAGGAAACAACACCCAAUAUAUGUUCUCGAUGUUCCCAUUCACAGAUUAUUUCAACCACAAAUUUGUGCGAAGAUACGAAACGUUGGCUCAACUGUCUAUAACGUUCUUCGCCAAUCCUGUCACCAUUGAAAUUAGAAGUUUUCUCAUGUUUGGUAUGAAAAGUUUGUCCAUCGUCGGUCCAGUUGACUACAACCCACUCUCCGUUACUAUACCUCCAUCUAAGAGUGAUGCGCCGAAUUCUGUACGUUUAGAUCCAUGUUAUUGA